CAUUGUUCUUAGAGCGAGCAGCUCGUCCCUCGAAUAAACGAAGUAUUUGCCACUCUCCUGGGUAUAAAAAGACUCCAUAUCCAUAGGAUAUACGAAAAUACACACUAAACAUACACUAUAUAAAAGAAAAAGAAAGAAAAAUUGUAAUAGGCAACGCGAACACAGAGCUUAUAAUACACUUAUAAGAAAUAAAAAACGUUUUAAAAAUAAAUAUUUUGGGAAAAUUGGGAGGUUCUCCUGUGACCAGAACAGUAAAACUGGAACCACUGGUUUCAUAUUCUUUUUAUAGUAUUAAUAAAUGGUGAUACGAUUGCUUAACUUUCUGUUUCCUCUCAGUUCAUGUUAAGUUUCAGUUUCCCAGAACUGAUCUGAAUGAAAACUGACCUGAUCUGAACUGAAUCGAAACUGAUCUGAAAUAAAACUGAUCUGAAGCUGAACUGAUCUCAGAUCUCAGAUCCGCUGCUGCACGAAACACUUCAUCUUCAUCUUCAUCACCACAGCUAUGGGAGUACGCGGACUGAAAAGCUUCAUCGAGAAGAAUGAUCUGUUGGAGCAUCGUUUGUUUAGAGACAGCAAGGUCAUCAUCGAUGGAGCAAACUUCUGCCACGCCCUGUACCAUGAUAAUGGGCUCGACCAAAUACACGGUGGAGAUUAUGAUGCGUUCAUGGACGUCAUCACACAGUUUUUUAAAAACCUUGACCAGUGUAAUAUAAAGCCCUAUGUCGUAUUUGAUGGAGGGAAUGACAGCAGUGAUAAAAAAUUAGAAACCUUGAUUCAACGAUCCCAAGACAGAAUCGAAAAAGCCAACGCUGUGUCCAGAGGCCAGGAAGGAACAGUGCUACCCAUCCUUGUGGAAGAGGUGUUUCAGCAAACCCUGCAGAAACUCGGCGUUCCCUCCAUCCAGUGUCUUGCAGAGGCGGAUUGGGAACUGGCUGCUUUGGCCAACGAGUGGAACUGUCCUGUUCUGUCCAACGACAGUGAUUUUUACAUAUUUAACAUCAGAGGUGGUGUUCUGCCCAUCAAUCACUUCCAGUGGAAGAACAUAACAAACACCACACAAAGUUACAUCCCUGCCAUGUGGUUUUGUUGUUCAAAUCUCCGUUCUGUUUAUAAUAACAUGAACGAGUCUCUGCUUCCUCUUUUCUCCACCAUCUUGGGCAACGACUACUCUAACCUAGAGAGGGGUUUGUUUCCAAAUUGGGCCAAGUUCUCAACCAAAUCUGGAGGAGCUGGCAAUAUUGAUGGGUUGCUCAUAUGGCUGUCUCGUUUCUCCAACCCAGAAGACGCCAUCAAAGCCCUUCUGAGCCAAAAAGAUAAAACAAAAUCGGCCAGAAUUCGUACAGAGCUUUAUCAGGGAAUGCAGGAGUACCGACUCGAUUCCAGCUCUAUUAAGAAGUUCUUUAUAAGUGGAGAACCUCAGAGCAGACCUCCAGGUCCCUUACAGAGCUUACCAGACUGGAUGCUGAAACCUUUUGCAGAUGGAAAAUUAGGCUCUUCGAUCGUCAACGUCCUGAUACUGAAGCGCAUCAGGCUGAAGUACCAGGUGGAGAAUUAUGAUCUGGACAGCAGUAAUAAAGUGUCUCUGCUCCCACGCCGUGUGAUGUAUGGUGUACUGCUUUGUGCGAGGAGGCAGGACGGUAGUGAAGCCAGCAUGUCUGCUGCAGAGACGGUGGAGGAACACGACAGACAAAAACUGCAGCUGACCAGGACCCGGGUUCCUGCUGAGCUACCGAGGUGUGCAGUAUCACACCUUUACCUGGACACACUGUGGGAGGCGCCGCAUGGUUUGCGUCUGCAGGUUCUGCUGAAGUCUUUGAAUGUUUCUUCGAUCACGGAUUCCUACUGCAUCCCUGAGAAUCUGCAGCUACCCGUGUACAUCACCACCUUUUGGCGAAACCAGGCGCGACCUAGAGCAGAAAUCUUCUGGGCUUUACUGAUCGGCCUGGUGUACGGAGAACUGCGUAGAGAGGGUGCAGUGAUUCAGAGACUUGAAAAACUUGAAGCCCUAAAGGUCCAGAAGAGUGCGAGGACUGUAGAUCUGGAGUUAGCUCACGCCUACAGUCAGUGGCGGUGCUGUCUGAGGGACGGUUACGGUCUGAACCAGCUACUGAAUAAUCCAGUACCUGAACCAGAAUUAUCAAGGUUGUACUGUGGUCCACUGGUGCACGGCGUGGCUCAUGAGCUGAUGAGGGGUGUUAAACCCAAAUCUCUUCUCUCCAAAACCCCUCAUGCUGUGGAGCUUUACCAAAAACUCCAGGCAGCAUCGCAGCGUGAGCUGGACCGUGACCUGGACGGUGACCUGAGCGAACAGAUGAGGCACCUGAUGAACUAAGGAGAAAAACGGCGGAGACCGCGGUGUCAGUAAAAUGUUUUAGAUUUUAAUGUAGAUUUUAAUUUAGUACUGUAAUAUCAUGAUAAAUUACUUUUAUACUUUAUAUUUUUCUUCCUUUUAUAAUUAAUUAUCCUGCAUUUGGACGAUAAUCAGCGGUCAACCAGUGACAGAAAUCUGCAUUUUACAUUAACAGUGUCUAUAGAUUCACUCAUGCAUCAAGUGCUUCAUUACUUUUGAAAGAAAUGUCAAUAAUUAAUUGAUUUUUUAACUAGCUCACUAGUUGAUGUAAGAUGAAGUCAGGACGUGUGAUCUCAAAUUAUAGGACACUUUUCUCAUAUAUACGUCUAGAGAACAAUAAAAAAAAAUUCCGCAUAUCCCAGCCGGUUUGGUAGCUGUACUGCCGCCCUGAAGCCAAAAGAAUUAAGGACCUUGUUCAAGGGCCCAACAGUGAUUGAAAUUCGAAUCCACAACCUUUCCAUUGGUAGCCCAAUGCUGUACCCACUAGGCUCCCACUGUUUAUAGACUCACUUUUAAUCAUGGUUUAAAAUUAAGUGAAAAACUAACUAUCUCCACCAUUAUUUAUAAUAUUAGAUUAAUAAAAGUUAACCUGACGAGGUUCCAGUAUUUCAGGAUGAUGUGGCCCCCAGGCUUCAUGUUCUCCUGAUCAUUAGGUUUGAAUACCAUAAAAACUCUACAGAACAUUCUGGGGGUCUGGAGGGGUGCAGAAUUUAACAAAGUGAAUUUAAAGAGAUUUUAAGAUCUUAAAUGAUUUGCUCUGGACUAGAUGGACCAUCGUGUGCUGAUGGUGGUGACCACAAUACAGUCCAGCAGAUGGAGCCAAAUACCUGCAGGUGUAAAACAAUAAGCGCUCCAUGAGAACCUCCAGGUUAAAGGAGGUCAAACUGACCGCUCUGUGAAUGUUUAGAUGUUACUUGCUCUUAUUUGUUUUUAAAAGUUUUUUAUAUCUGUCUACAAAUUCAAUGCAUGAAUAGAUUUAUCACUGUUAAAAAAACAAUAUGCUUUUAAUAAUUGUUGUUUAAUCUAAUCAAAUAUCACACAUCUAAAACUACAUUGAUGUUAUGGAAUAUAUAGAUAUGGUGGAAUGUUUUGUGCUCAUAAUAAAUAAAUAAAUAAAAAUG